AUGGUUAACAUGAGGCUGACCUUGUUCCUUGAGACCAACAAUAUUCCUUGGAGUGAACAAGAAGGUUUUAGGCCUCAAAGAACAACUAACCAACAAGUAGCCGCUUUCUCCCAACAUAUCAAAGAUGCCCUUGAUGCAAGAAAUACUCUUAUUCUAAUUGGAGGAGCUGUCACAAGCUGCACUCUUUUCAAUGUCUUCAUCGAUCUCAUCAUUGACAUAGCCGAAUUGGUACAGACAGUCACGGGCGUGGAGUGCUUACUUUAUGCAGAUGAUCUUGUUCUAGGCUUUAAUAAAGGCUAUAAGAAAAAGGCGAAUCACAACGUCUUCAGAUCCUCCAGUGGAAUGCGGGGCGAAUCACAAUGUCUUCAGAUCCUCCAGUGGAAUGCUGCCAAUAACAUCGUCUUCAGAUCCUCCAGUGGAAUGCUGGAGGGAUGUCACAGGACAAAAAGAUCCAAGUCAAGAAAAUCCUACACCAAUGUCUUCAGAUCCUCCAGUGGAAUGCUGGAGGAAUGUAACGGACAAAAAGAUCCAAAUACAGAAAAUCCUACAAACCUCGGACAAGAAGAUCCAAGUCCAAAUAAUCCUACAAACCUAUGA